UCUCUGUGUGUGUGUUCCCUGUCUGUGUCAGUGUGUUCUCCCUCUCUGGCUAAGCCAUGGCUGCUAUCAAAGCUCUCCAGUUGUGGUGUAAGAAACAGUGUGAGGGGUACAGUGGCGUUCAAAUCACCAACAUGACCAGUUCGUGGCGAGAUGGACUGGCUUUCUGUGCCAUUAUCCACCACUUCAGACCAGAUCUCAUAAACUUUGAUUCUCUUAAGAAGGAGAAUGUCUAUGAGAAUAACAAGAUGGCGUUCCAGCUGGCGGAGGAGAUGCUGGGAAUCCCGGCUCUGCUGGACGCAGAGGACAUGGUGGCCUUAAGGGUGCCGGACAGGCUGAGCAUCCUGACCUACGUCUCUCAGUAUCACAACUACUUCACAGGCCGAUCACCCAUCGGUGGUUUGGCGUGUAUCAAGCGACCGGCCUCGGAGCCCAGCGAGGAGCCGGUGCAGAAGAAGGCCACCCCCGAGACCAAGCCCAAACUCCCCAAGAACCUGCCCGUCUCCCCCGCAGGCCCGGGAGCCAAGUCCCCGCUGUCGAGCAAGCAGGAAGUUGUCAGCGCUGGGGACCGGAGUAUAAGCAGCAACUGUGCCCUCUGCAGAAAAUCCGUGCUCCUGGUCCAGAGGUACCUGGUCGAUGGGAGCCUUUACCACAGAAACUGCUUCAGGUGUAAGCAAUGCUCCAAUGUGCUGAUGGCCGGGGCCUACAAGCCGGGGCCAGAGCCGGGAACCUUCAUCUGCAUCAACCACCAGAGCCGAGCCGGGGGCCGCGAGACCGGCAACCCCCCUCCCAGGCCAGGCUGGGCCCCGGGCCCCAGGGAAUCGGCGACCGGCCCCACCGUCAACCGUCCGGUAACCGGCCAAAUCAACAGGCCCACCAUCCCGGCUCAGGCCUCGGGAACGCCGAAAAUCCGACCAGCCGUCUCCAAGCCGGAGACUCCGACCGGAGCGGGAGCGGAGAGAACGUGGGCAGCCAAACAGAAGUUUCUGGUUGCGGAAACGCCGGGGAAAUUGUCACCUUCUCCCUCGAGCUGCGUGACCCCCAGUGGCCCCAGGACAGGACGGGGGUCUCACUCCCCCCCUGCAGCCCAGCGAGGAGGUGGUCUGGGUUCGGACACUGCCAGCCCCAAGACCCCACAGGGGACGGAGCCGGACAAGGAGAAAGCCCGUGGGUUUCUGCUCCGGACGCUGAGUGAUGUCCACCCCUCGCGGCUUCGAGCCGAACGCGUCAACACUCCGCUGCCAAACACCACCAAGACUCCCACCGACCCGCUCCCCCCCGGCAAGCUCCCCUGGACCCGACCAGCCUCCUCCCUGGUCCCGGAGCCCGAGCCCCGAGUUCCCAAAACCCCCCGAGCCGAGGAAGCCAGGACACCCGCCCGCACCCAGCUCAACCGCACCGCCAGCGUGACCGACAGUCGGCAAGGCAAAGGAAGCUCCAUGUGCAGCCCGCUGCCCAGCCCCGGGGGCAACGAAACCGAGUCACCAUCUGACUGGAGGUCGCGGCUGAAACCCGUCCAAAAGAACCGCAGCUUCAGCUCGGUGGAUGUGCAGAUCAGCUCCUCUGGUAGGAUGGACGUCAAGAAGCCGGAAGCCGCCGUGACAAAGCCUGCUGUUGUCUCCCCUCCCGAGCGGAGCACAACCGUCAACAUUCCCGGCAGGCGCGUGCCUCCCGUUCCGAUUGUGAAUCCGCUCCCGAAGCCGAGCGUGGGAACUCCCGGGAAGGAGUUGGAGAUCACCUUCACUAUCCAAGCCGGGUCGGUGAGUCCGAGCUCGGACAAACCGGCUCAGAAGAAGAGAACGGUGCUGACUCCGGACGCCAGCCUCCGGGACGAGGCGAAGGGGAGCCUGCUGUCUCCCAGCGGAGCCGACGAGGAGGAGUCCGGGAAGAUGUCUCCAGCUCUCGGAGGCAGCUACUCUCCCGCCCUGGACCGGAUCAAGAAAGAACUACCGGGAAAAAAGAGCUGGGUACAAGGGAAUAUGGCCCGGGAUCGAUUCUUUGCAGACAUGCAACCCCCCAGCGAGGAUAAAGCCGGCCAACUAACCCCCGCCAGCCCGGACAUGAAUUCGCACCAGGCACAGACUCGCCCCGGCUACAUCCCAGAGGAGCAGAUCCAGAAGGAGUUGGGGGAGCUGGGAAGCCAGCUGGACCAGCUGGAGCACAGGGGGGUGGAACUUGAACCACAGCUCCGCAGCUGUGAGGGAGAUGAGCGGGAAGACGAGCUGAUGGCCGAUUGGUUCAAACUGAUCCAUGAGAAGCAGCUGUUACUGAGGCGGGAGUCCGAGCUGGUUUACACAUCAAAACAACAGAUCCUGGAGGUUCGUCAGUCUGACAUUGACCGGGAGCUGAGAUUAUUGAUGGAAAAAGCAGACGAGACUAAGACUGAGGCAGAUCAGGCCCGCGAAAAGGAGCUGGUGGAAGAGUUGAUCAAGACAGUGGAAGACAGGAAUAACAUCAUCGACAGGUUGGACGAAGAUAGACUCAGGGAGAAGGAGGAGGACCAGAUGAUGGAGGCCAUGAUCCAGCGAAUGGAUGGCACCAAGGACGCAGAGCAACCCAAGAAGACCAAGAACAAGUUCAGCCCCAUGAAGAUUUUGAAGGGGCUCGGGAUCAAAGCCAAGGGCAAGGAAUGAGCUAAUGGACUGGGAGUCAUCUUUUCCCCCCACCCAACCCCCCCCCACCCCAGUGGGCCCACUUGUCAUCAGCUCUACGCAAGCCCAGCCUCUAUGACUUCCAUCUUCUAGGACAUUACCUUGGCCUCUCAUUUUAGUCUGGGGAUUAAACUGGUCACUGAAGAGCUGCAUUGUUGGAAGUGCCUUCCCGUUAAGGCUGACAUUAAAAGA